ACACAGAACCGGUAGCAGGUCAUCUCAUUUAGUUCUCGUGUUCUUUUUCAUCAUGGCCAAAAGUAGUAUUUUUCAAAAGUAUUGUGAAAAAGCAAUUGCCACUUUAUCGGAAGAAGAUGUUGAAAAAUUUAAAUCAACGACACGUGACGAUGAACGGAUUAAAAUGUUGUACAAUAUUGCCCAAACAGUUCCAAUCACACCGAUUAAUCACGGAAAAAACUUCAAACAAGCUCAAGAAGCAAAAAUCCUCGGAAAUAAUUUUUUCGCUACUAAAAAAUACGAAGAAGCCUUACACGCAUACAAUGAGGGAAUAAUUGUUUGUCCGCAAGACACAGACGAUGGUAGAGAGUUGCUGACAAUUUUAAUUUCAAAUCGCAGCGCAGCUUUUUUCGAACAAGAACAAUUCCGGAAAGUCUUCGACGAUAUUGAUUAUGUUAUUGCCGUCGGUAAUUAUCCCCUAAAAUUGCACUAUAAAAUUUGGUUGAGGAAAGCCAAAUGUUACGACGCGUUACAGAAUGAGAAAUACGCGGAAGAGGCUUAUAAUUUAGCAAUCUCUAGCUUAAAACAUGCCGAGUUUGAUGAAAAAAACCUAGUGAAAAAAAUAUCAGAAAUACAAGAAUCACGCAAGAAGAAAAAAACAUGCUCAGAGAAAAACCAAAUUAUACCAAUUUCAAAUUCAGACCUUUUCACUAAUGGCAAUAAAGAGUAUGUAGCCGCACACAAAAAUGUUUAUUUCGAUUUUGAUCCACUGUUGGGCCGUUUUGCCCGCGCUGUUGAAAGUUUUGAUACUGGUACUAUAAUCGUUGAGGAAACUCCUCACUGUGCUGUCAUAUCCCAGGAAAAUGUUUUAAUGAAUUGCCAGUUUUGUUGUACCUCCACGCAACAACCCGUUGCGUGUCGUAAUUGCGGUCAUGUGGUUUUUUGCAGCCUCAACUGUGAAAGACAAGCACAUUUAACUUUUCAUAAAUAUGAAUGUAAAGCUCAACCGGUGUUGUUUCACUCUGGAGCUUCAAUCAAUUGUGCAAUGGCUCUGAGGAUGAUCUCGCAAAAGCCGCACGGGUUUUUCCUACAGAAGAAAAAAUUGUUGAAAGAUUUUUUGAAAGACAAUUGCAAGAAAGUGCCAAUUAAGAGUCAGAUUUAUCGAUCUGAUGAUUAUAAUGCCGCUUUUUUCCUCUGUCGAAAUGAACAUUUGAGAAAAAAAGGGGAAUUGGUGCAUUAUUCCGUAAUGGCGAUUUAUUUGUUGCGGCUUUUGAAAUUUGCGGGAUAUUUUAUUGGGGAAAAUAUUAAGGAUGAUGUUGUGACAGAAGAAGAGGUUUUUAUUGCGAGUUUAAUUCUGCGACACUUGCAAAUUCUUCAAUUUAACUCGCAUGAAAUAUCCGAACUUAGAAAUAUAAAUCAAGAAAUGGUGACUAACGGGAUACAGUGUUACUACAAAAGUGAAUAUAUAGGAGCUGGUCUGUACCCAACUUUGGCACUUUUUAAUCACUCCUGUGACCCUAGUAUAGUCAGGUAUAACAUAGGAAAUCGAAUGAUAGUACGAACAAUAAAACCAAUUAAAGCUGGAGAAAUAAUUUACGAAAAUUAUGGUCCCUUGUAUAGUUCCAUGGAAGCCGAAGAAAGAAGAGUAACUCUCCAAAGCCGCUAUUGGUUUGAAUGUUAUUGUACCCCCUGUCAACAGGAAUGGCCCCUUUUCGAGUAUUUGGACCCCAAUCAAAUCAAAAUUGGGUGUCAAACUGAAAACUGCCCUUUCGAAUUCACAUUAUAUAAAGACGACAUGUGCCCUUAUUUCCAGUGUGACUACUGCGAUAGUGUUACUAAAAUUUUUCCUUCCUUGAAAGGACUUUCACAACUGGCCGUAAUGUUACCAAAAGCUGAAGAUAUGUACAGUGCUGGUGAAACACGUGAAGCUAUGAAGCUUUUUAUGCAAUCUUUAGACAUACUGUAUAAAUAUUCAAGACCUCCGUGUCCUGAUAUGAUAAAGGUGCAGCAACGUUUAAAGACCCUUUUUGUUCAUUUGGGAAACAAACAAUAUAAUUAUGUACAAAAAUUGUAAUUUUUCGGAAUAAAGUUAUCAGU